AUGCCCGAUUAUGAGGUACGAAAAAAUGAGUUUGCUUGUAAACUAUUGAAACAAGGUUUUUACAGAAAGAGCUCGAAAAGUAUGAGAAGAGUGUGGAGGAUCACGUGCGGAAAGUCAGUCAGCAGUUGGAUGAAGAGCUCGCCAAUAUGGUGAGCAACAGUUAAUGCUUAUUUUGUUCGAUCGAGUGAAUUUUCAGAACAAAAAGUACAAAGAGAAGAUCGAGUCGGUGAGAAAAAUGGAGGCGGACAACAAGAUGAUGGCGGAGGAGAACGAGCGAAUGCGACAGCGGAUGGAGACGCGGAAAAAGGUUUCGAAAGAGUUUUUUACUGACCAUUUACUACACGAAUGCAAAUCAAUGGGGCACAUAAUGAAUAUCGCUUGA